GACCAACAUCCAACCAUCCCGUCCGUUUUAAUACCCGAAUCUGACCCGCCGGCGAGAGCCGUUGUCUACCUUACCCCCUUCUCGUCCAAACCCUAAAUCUGAAAUCGGAAACCCUAACCCCUAUCAUACUGUUACUCAGUUGAGAAAUUAGUGUUAGAUUUAGGUUCCGAGCUCUCUGAACAGACCGCGUUGUUCAAAUCGUCACGCAAAUAAUCCAAGAUGGUGUUGGCAGAGUUAGGGGGGAGCAUUUCACGUGCUCUCCAGCAGAUGAGCAAUGCCACGAUCAUCGACGAGAAGGUCCUUAAUGAUUGCCUAAACGAGAUCACUCGCGCACUUCUUCAAUCCGAUGUUCAGUUCAAGCUCGUUCGUGACAUGCAGACCAAUAUUAAGAAGAUCGUCAAUCUCGAUGAUCUUGCUGCAGGUCACAACAAGCGGAAAAUCAUCCAGCAGGCCAUAUUUAAUGAGCUCUGCAAGAUGUUAGAUCCUGGGAAGCCGUCUUUCACACCCAAGAAAGCGAAACCAAGUGUUGUCAUGUUUGUGGGUCUUCAAGGUUCUGGCAAAACUACAACUUGUACAAAAUAUGCGUAUUACCACCAGAAGAAGGGCUGGAAACCAGCUCUGGUAUGUGCAGAUACAUUCAGGGCAGGUGCUUUUGAUCAGUUGAAGCAGAACGCCACAAAAGCUAAGAUUCCGUUCUAUGGAAGCUAUAUGGAGUCAGACCCUGUGAAAAUAGCAGUGGAAGGUGUUGAGAGGUUCAAGAAGGAAAGUUGUGAUCUUAUUAUUGUUGAUACAAGUGGUCGGCACAAACAGGAAGUAGCCCUCUUUGAAGAGAUGCGGCAAGUUUCUGAAGCAACGAACCCAGAUCUUGUUAUAUUUGUCAUGGAUAGCAGUAUUGGUCAAGCUGCAUUUGACCAAGCUCAAGCAUUUAAGCAGAGUGUUGCUGUUGGAGCUGUAAUUGUUACUAAAAUGGACGGUCAUGCAAAGGGAGGCGGAGCUCUUAGUGCAGUUGCAGCAACAAAAAGCCCGGUCAUAUUUAUUGGAACUGGUGAACAUAUGGAUGAAUUUGAAGUUUUUGAUGUUAAACCUUUCGUCAGCCGCCUUUUAGGCAUGGGCGACUUAUCUGGAUUCAUGGACAAAAUUCAUGAAGUUGUUCCGAUGGAUCAGCAGCCUGAGCUUCUGCAAAAGCUCUCGGAAGGAAAUUUCACGAUGAGAAUUAUGUAUGAGCAGUUUCAGAACAUACUCAAAAUGGGUCCUAUCAAUCAGGUUUUCUCGAUGCUUCCAGGAUUUAGUUCCGAGUUGAUGCCUAAAGGCCGUGAAAAGGAAAGCCAGGCAAAGAUCAAACGUUACAUGACAAUGAUGGAUUCAAUGACUAAUGAAGAGCUGGAUAGCACCAACCCGAAGCUCAUGAACGAUUCCCGGAUCAUGCGAAUAGCAAGAGGCGCUGGCCGUCAAGUGAGGGAAGUCGUCGAAAUGUUUGAAGAAUACAAACGUCUCGCCAAAAUCUGGAGCAAAAUGAAGGGUCUUAAAAUCCCCAAAAAGGGCGAUAUGAGCGCACUUUCCAGAAACAUGAAUGCACAACACAUGAGUAAGGUCCUUCCGCCACAAAUGCUGAAGCAAAUCGGUGGCAUGGGUGGCUUACAAAAUCUAAUGAAGCAGAUGGGUUCUAGCAAAGACAUGAUGGGUAUGUUUGGCGGUGGUGAUAAGUAGACCACCACCAUUCUCUUCCACAUCAUAUCGGCUAUGCUAUUGGCGGACUUUGGCGGCAUAUGGAAACUGUUCCCGUUUUUAGGCCAUGGCUCACCGGUCGCCCCUAAGAGAAAUGUUAUCUUAUUAUAUACAUUUGGGUAGAAAUGUUGAAACUAGUUUUGGUUAUAGAUUGUUCUACAUCACCCUUUGUAAAGACCAUGAAUGUGUACAUGAUCAUAAACCCUUGAUUUCCUGAAUGCUCUUUGUGACAUUUAAGUAAUGCUGGUUUCAAUUAGUAGAUUUUACCUCUAGAUGGAAUAUACUAAGCUGGUUUGGUUUUGUACUA